AAAAGUUGUAAUAGAAGAACAUGAAAUAGUUGAUUUGCAUAAUAAUUCUAUGUCAUGUUGUCCAAAACAUAAUCUACCAAUGACAAUCAUAGCCUGUGGAGAUUUGAUAAAUGUUAAAAAGGAAUUAAAAGAUAAUGAAAAGAUAUUAAAUAAGAAUCAAGAAUAUUUUGUUCACAGUACAUUUUCAAAAACAUUUCACUAUGUUUUGAAUGUUCCCACAGCUGCACCCUUUAUAGGAUUUAUUGGUGGUCAUUUUGAAAUGGAUGUUGAUCCUCAUAUGCAUGAAUUAACUAAUUUUUGUCUUCCUACUUUAAAAUCACCCUCUAUGGUAUAUACUAAUAGUCAGGUUCACACUAUAUUUGAAUUUUAUGAAGAACUCUUGAGCUCUCGUUUCCCUUUCUCCUGUUACAAGCAAAUUUUUGUGGACGAAUUUACUGGGUUUAACAAUUCUGAUGGAUUCGCUUCGUUUGCUACUUUCUCCAUUAUUGACGCGAGAUUGUUAUACAACCCUCUAAUUAUUGAUCAGGUUUGGAUAACUAGACGUUGUUUAGCUCUAGCAAUAGCUCUGCAAUUUUUUGGUCGAUUUUUAACGAGCUGGUUAGUGACAGAAUAUUGGCUUUUGCUAGGAAUAUCUGGUUAUAUAACCGAUUUGUACAUUCAAAAAGUGUUCGGCUACAACGAAUACCGCUAUUUCGUUCACAAAUCCAUGGAGACUUUAUACAAAUACGAAACCUCAAAGUCACCCGUUCUAUUAGAUGCCUCAAAAAUUAUCGAAAAGAUUCGCGGGUUCGAUGAUUCGACAAACACUAAAAGAAAACAUAAGCAUCAUAAUAAGGAAAGUAAAAACUACAACAACCAAAAAGAAGCUUUUUGGUUCGAACAGAACAAAAAAUUUACCCAACAACCUUUUCCUCCAUACUUCAAUCUUUACCCAUCUUUCUCGUCGUCUCGUUACAUUAAGAUGUUAGAAAUAAAGGCUAGGCUCUUUGUUCGCAUGAUACAAUAUCGAAUUGGAAAAAAUAUGCUUAUUCAAGUGUUUAACAAGCUUCUUACAUUGGCUACUAACGCUUCUACCACAAAACCAAAUAAAGAUCAUUUAGACGCUUGGAAUAAUAUGCUCUUAUCUGUAUCCAGUUUUUUGAAAUUCAUUUAUACUGUUACGGGCAAAGACCUGCAAUCUUUUUUCGAUCUCUGGGUCUAUCAAGCUGGUCUUGUUAACAUAUAUGGAUCAUACAGUUUCAGCCGCAAAAAGAGCAUUUUAGAGUUGGACCUACGUCAAGAAAUAAAUAAAAAAGCCCAUUUUUGUUACGUGGGGCCAUUGCAAGUCAGGGUACAAGAGAUGGAUGGCAAUUUCUUACACACUGUCAACAUUGAAAAUGGUAACCGCAAAUACGAUAUUCCCUGUCAAUCUAAAACAAAAACCUAUCGCAACAAAAAGAAGAAAGUACCUCUGUGCAACGGUGAUGAGGCGGAUAUUGAUUUAACUAUGGCCUUUGAAACGGAAUGCCCUGUUUUGUGGGUAACCCUGGAUCCGGAUUUAUUAAUUUUGGGUUCGACCCAGGAUAAAGGAAUAAAUCAACCUGAUUAUCAAUACCAAAUGAUGCUCAAGUACGAACGGGACGUGGUCUCACAAUGCAGGGCUAUUAAAGCCCUUUCUGGUUAUAGUGCCCCUAUAGAGUCUAUAUACGGAUCGUAUAGAGGACAAUUUUAUAAUUAUUUAUUGAACGAAGCAUUCCUUACUUCACACCCAGGAGAACGACUAUCUGCUACUAUUCAAACCCGCAAUCUAUUGAACGAGAUUAUAGAGGAUACUACUGUUUUCAUCUUAAAUAAUCCUUCCAACAUAGCAAACACUCAAACAUCUACCCAUCAUCAUUCCAUCCUGAUGCAUCACCAUAAUUCACAACUUUCUCAAAGCAAUCCUAAUAGCAGUAAUAUAUCUAACCUGUUGAAUUCUCUAGGCUCCACCAUCCAUCACAAAGAAGCCAAAUAUAACAAACACUUUUACAGGGUCAGAGUAGACGCUGCCUUUGGUUUAGCUAAAAUCGCCAAUAAUAUGACAGAUACCUGGGCCGGUCCUUCAUCUAUAUUGAACAUAUUUUACAAACUCUUUUGCAACCUCAAAAAUCCCACAUUGAUGCUCAAAAAGAACGAUUUCUCAGAUUUUCAAUCUUAUUUUUUACUUUGCGCUAUGCCAUUGGCUAUAAGCUUGCUGAAGAUGGGUGGUUUGAGGCAAACUACACCCCCCGAAAUAUUGGAUUUUAUCCUUCAUUUGCUCAAAUUUAAUGAUAAUUUGAAAAACCAGUUUUCGGAUAGUAUAUUUCGAGCAAAUCUUAUAGUUGCAUUGGCAAAUACUAUAUCUCCCUCAGCCACUAUGUUCGAACCUUCGAUUCCAUCUAAAUUUGCAAGUGUCUUACCCUCACAGCAACUCCCGGUUGAGACCUCUUUACCACCUAAAUCCGUAGUAACAUCUCCCGACAUCCUCAAAAUCUUGACGGAAAUAGUCUGCCAAAUCAACCUCGAAAAGCUUCCUCACAAUGCCUCUUACCGUUAUUCGGUGACUCAAGCGUGUCUCUUAGCCCUGAGGCACAUACAAAAAAUGGGUCAUAUACCCAUUUACACACUUAAAACUUUGUUUAAAAACUAUACCACCCCUGGAAAUUUUUUAGAUGUCAGAUUAGCAGCCUUUCAAUGCCUUUUGGAAGUUGUUAAAGAUAACGCUUUGAAAGAAGAAAUCGAUUGGAUUUUUUCCCCUGAAUUUAUGGAAAGUCAGAAGGAGAGUACCUAUCUAAAACACAAAAUAUUUAAAAUGUUGAUUGAUUCCCCUCAAAUUCUUAGUUUUAGGGCUCAAGAUCUUGACUUUAUAAAUAAACUUUGGGCAUUAAUUUCUGGACAAACGUUAUUUUCCUUUGAUUAUAGACUGAGAUGCGAUGCUAUAGAAUUGUAUUUUUCAUUGUUUGGAAAAGAUGUACCUCUACCAUUGAGACCAUUGGAUGAUCUUAAGUCUGCAACUUUAUCUUUCAAAAAAUUUCAAACUGGUGAGAAUGUUCAAAUAAUACCUACAGAAACUCUAAAUCUCAUAAACAAUCCUAAACCAUUAUCCUCUCUAUUGGAACCAAAUGAUGAUUUUUUAAAUCCUUCCACCGUUAUAAAUGAUUUUACCGGAAACAAUUUAAGCAAUCCAAAAAAUAUCAAACUCGAUAUUCCUUCCGAUAUGGAACUUGAUGAGGAAAAUCCUGUACCGAAAAUUGAUUUGACUCAACCUAUUAAUUUUCAAGAUCAAUUCAAGCGCCAUUUGAUUACUGAAGAUUGCCUAUCUACUCAAAGUUCCAAAGAACUAAAUGAAACAAAAUCAGAUAAAUCAGCGAUUGAUGAAAUGUCCAGCUCACACAAAAAAGACAAAAAGAAAAAACAUAAACAUCACCAUAAAAAGCAUCGCAAGCAUCAUAAGGAGCAUUCCAAGAAACCCCAUAGAGAUAGAUCGCUAUCAUAAAAUUAUAUGAAUUAGUUUAUAAAAAAAUAUGUAUUCCAUUAAAUGUUAUUUAUUUUUUUUGA